CAGCAACAGCAAACUUCCCUCAACGGCCACUUAACUCAACUUGACCCAAGACGACAGCUGUUGAGGUUCAGAUGAAGACAAGCUCGGUAUAAAGCGGUUGUCAAACAAAUCGAGUGAGUAUCGUGCAACGAUGUCUGCUGAAAUACCCAUGGAGAGAACAUACCAGAGGACAUGCACAGACUCAAACCUGUCAGUUCAGACUCCUGCACCUAACCCAGCCACUUCUGGAGCCACUAGGGGGGAUAGGGUGGAGCACCAAGGGGGCAGCCUGGGCCCGCUGGCCUUUCAGUGUGAACCAACGUUGGACAGGACUCGCCCGGACCUGUCCUCUCUCCUGAGCCCUGAUAACGCCGUCCCCGUUGUCCCAAACCUGCCGACUGCUACCAACCAGGAUGCCUCUCAGACUGUAAAUCAGACUGGGCAACAAGUUCCAGAUCAGCCACAUGAGGUGCUUCAGCAACAAAUUGAGCAGAUCCACAAGGUCCUCCAGGAGCAGAGUAGACUGCUAACUCUACCAGGAACAGUCUCUGUUGAAGGUCUGAUGUUUCCUGUCUGUGUACCCUUGCGGUGGAUCGGCAUGCUACCUGUGUUGACUGCCGUGAGCUCUGAUAAGCUCCCAGUUUUCAACGUGUCAUUUCCUCCUCCAUCAGAUGGAAGGAAGCCUGAGGAUCAUCCUGUCUCCACAUGUCUCAGCCAGGAUGCAUUUAGAUCCAAAAAAGAGACUGCAGAGCAGAGAGACUUACCUACCACCGCUGGGACUGACCACCACAGAGAUGAGCCAGACCAGGACCCAGUCAGCCCCUCUGGAGUGAGAAUCAUCCCGCCUGCCAACUCUGAAGACAGAUCUGCUGUGAGAGAGGAAGAGACCUUUGGGGAGUGUGUAGAGGAGCAGCUGAAAGUGCAUGAAAUCUCUGAGCCAAAACAGCUGCAGACCCUCAGUGGGAAGAUGAGGUUGACAGAGAGACAGUACUUCUUGCGGGAAGGAGAGAGCAUUUCCAGGGUAGACAGAAAUAAUUUGAAUUUCUCUGAUCAGCAGGAUGUCCAGAGAGGGGCUUCCCUCCGCUCGCAGCAGCCCAGCAGGAAGUUGACCCCUGGCCUCCAGAGGCGCUCCUCUGCCCCAUCUUCAGUCUUUAAAGACGAAGGAACUCAGCUUGAAAGCUUGAAAACUGAGUUUGGGACUUUACAAGACUUUGGCUCAGCUUCAUAUAAUCCUCAGACACCUGAGUUCAGCCAGAGGAAGACCCAAACAGAGAUCCAGGCUCAGCCUCAUGUCCGCAGCCUAGAACAAACUUAUUUCAACACUCCUCUUGUGUCCGAACCAGAAACUCCACCUGACCAAGUAAAACAGAUCACUAAUAUUCCUGCAGCGACAGACAGAGAGGGCAGCAUUGGCCAAUUACAAAAGAAAGAAUACAGUGAAAACCGUCAUUCAAGGGAAACAGAAUACAGAAUUAAUGAAUCACUCUCUGAGCCAAUACCCUCAGAUAGUAAGUCAUUUAGGGAAAAAACGAUGAGGCACCAGGAUGUAGAAAAGAUGUGUGAAACUGCCAGAAAAACAGAUGACGAAGACGAGGUGAAAGGUCAGAUUGUCACAGCACAUCAAGGAAAAAUGACGGUGAGCUCAUCUGUUGCCUUCUCAGAGGACCUAUGGGAACAACCCCUGGAGCAGAACAACACACCUGUCUGGACUCCCAGACAUCCCAGAGUUGCGUAUGAAUCAAACUUAGUGCAACAUUUUAACAUUCCCCCCCCUUUGAGGGACAACAGAGUUUCCCACCGGGCCGGGGGAAAUCCGGAAGUUAUUGUUAGUGUUAAGACCAUUCACGACCCCACGGAGAGAGUCCCAAGCUUUAACGUUGAAACUCUAUCCACCGGCUGUGAUGAAACGAAAACACAUUUUCAUCUCUGCCAGUGGAGCAUGUCGAGACCAGGAAGCGGCACAGACUCAGACGGGGUCAAAGGUCAAAAACAAGCUACAACAACCGCAGCAGCAGCAUUUUGUCUUUGUGCGCCAAACAACACAAGUGAAGUCCCAACACCUCUGAAACGCACUAUAUUUCCCACAUAUUCCACUUCAGGAGGCGUGACUGGCGGUGGUAGUGGCGAUGAAUCUCACCGCCCCUCCCAGUGUCACCAGUUUCCCAAGCUCCCAUCCCCUCCUCCCUGCCUCGGCUUCCACGAUUCCCACUUAAACCUUUCGGAGGAUGACAAUGCCAGCGAGGCUGAGGAGAGGUGGAUGUUCCCAGGGAUCCAGAAACAGGAACAGAGUUCUGGAUCUGGACUAAGGCCUCAGUAUCAGUCCUCUUCCCCUGGCUCCAGCAGAGAUGAUAAAGCUUUGGCUGAUUCUAAUGGGGGUCAGAAAAUGUCCAAGAUACACAGACUGAAACCAGAAAAAAACCCUGAUGUUCCAGAUGUAACUGAAAUGGCACAAUCGUCGAGGGGGUUUCUCAGGCCCUCAGGCGCAGAUGACAGCCUCUUCAAGCAUCAGUUCAAUCUAGAGAUAAGGGAAUGGUCUGUAGUUCGACGCCAGCUAGAGGAGGUGAUAACAGAAACCUCUGAGCUGAGGAGGAACCUUACAGUUACUCCACAUUGCCGCCCAGUGGCCGGCCGAUGCACUGCACAAACAAAAACUGUACACCAGCAGGGACAGACAGAGAUCUCUACAUCUCCCGAGAUGGAGCAGCUUCUCGCUAACGGGUGCAGCGUGGUGACUUUCCCUGACGGGACAAGGAAAGUAACUUCUGCAGACCAGAAGACAAAAACGGUCACAUUCUUCAAUGGAGACGUCAAACACAUUUUGGAAGAUGGCAAAGUGGUGUAUUACUAUGCUGGUUCACGGACAACGCACACCACCCACCCAAAUGGUCUGGAGGUCCUUCACUUCCACAACAAGCAGAUUGAGAAGCGACACCCUGGGGGGAGGAGAGAGAUCAUAUUUCCAGACCAGACCAUUAAGUAUUUGGAGACUGACGGCAGCGAGAGGACAAUCUUCCCUGAUGGCACCAUCGUUCACCUCUCACCGUUAGGUGAGAAGAUGGUGGAUUUCCCCAACGGUCAGACAGAAAUCCACACCUCCCAGUUCAAGAGGAGGGAGUAUCCUGAUGGGACAGUUAAGACCAUCUACCCCGACGGGCGACAGGAAACCAAGUACGCGUCAGGCAGAGUAAAUGAAAGGUAGAGUGGGAGAGACUUUCAGUAGACACAGACUGUCUGUGGCUCCUCCCACAGCCAAAACAAGUCGACCCACUGCUGCUACUGUCAA